UACCCAACAAAUACUUUCCUCGAAUUUGUCAUACGGAGAAUAGUAUGUUUAAAAAUCAUUGCUACUACACUGCUCCAAAAAUAAAUGAACAAGUGGUUAUCUUAUCUGGCUCCCAAUAAUAGAUAAUAUCUUGUGCACAAUAUAUACAAAUGUUCUUAUCUAAUCAUUCCAGUAUGCUAGCCCCAAUCAAGGAAAGAGAACAUUAUUCUACCUCCACUGUUCCACGCCAUAGUAUGUUGGGGGAAUUUCAUGGUUCCCUCUCACUUUUAGUCUAUCGAAAACGUUCUUACCCAACUAGCCGUUAACGGCGAAAUAUUGUGCAACUGUUGCGCGAAGUUCGAAAAACACACUUUUCCAAACCCAAACAAAUAAUAAAUUAAAAACAUCCAAAAGGAGAAUGUUGAUUUAACCAAACACAUUUAAUAUACGAAUGUGACGUGUUCAGUAAAUAUUUAACCAAGUUAAUAAAUCGAAAAGAAACAAAAUACUUCUUUAUCACACACAUACGAACUUACUUAUGUGCCAUAUAAGUAAUUUCUAAAUAGAAGGUGCGAAGAUAUGACAAUUCAUUUUACUGAAAAAGAAUAAGACACACAAUAAAGGAAAUAUUGAAAAAUGGAUUUAUAUAAAAAUAUAUUGUAUAUAACAUUUUGCAUCGCAAUAUUUUGGAUACAAAUUGGUGGCGCCCAACAUGAAGAUAUUCCCUAUGAGAAUGUUGAGAAGAUUUGUGAAAAAUGUGUUUGCAUCGAUAAACCGGCCGAUCCGAAAACCAAUCAAGUGGCACAUCAUCUCUUAAGUUGCACUGUCAAAGGAUUCAAACACAUACUAGCCAGAUGGCCUGAAGAGUUUAACGCUCAUCAGAAAGAUAAUGUCAUUGUGGCCAGCUUUUCGGGUAACACAAUCGAAUUAUUACAGCAGCUACCUACCACCAAUGCCACACUGAGUUUCGCUUGUCGUCAUUGCUCUAUUAAAUAUCUGCAAUCGCCUACAUUUAUGGAUGUACCGAAUAUUAUUUCACUGGACUUAGCCUAUAAUGCUAUAACCACUGAAGAAUUGAUACCGGAUGUAUUUAGGGGGCCCUAUCACAUUAGCAGUUAUGAACCCAUUGCAUUGGCCGAAUUGGAUUUAAGUCACAAUCAUUUGCAGUCUUUAGACCGCCUGCUGUUCCAACAUACACCCAAUCUAACCAAAUUGAAUUUGGCGCACAACAAUUUGCAAAUUUUGGAUUAUCCCACAACGGCGGCAUUGUCAUCUGUUACACUUUUAAAGAAUUUAGAUUUAUCCUAUACCGGUCUAAAAACAAUACCGUCUGUGAUAUUUGAAAAGCUUACAUCUCUGGAAAUCCUUAAUUUGGCUGGCAACGAAUUUAUUGCAUUGCCAGAGAAUUUCCAAUUGAUUGGUCAGUCGCUGAAAUCUCUGAACUUGGCUGGUAACAGAUUUACAGCCUUUGAAGAAACAAGCUUUUUGGGCCUUAAAGUGUUGACACAUCUCAAUAUCAGUGGAAUGCCCACAUUGAAAGUUGUUAAGUACAAUACAUUCACUCGUUUGGAGCAUUUAACGCAUUUGGAUAGUUCCCAUAACACCAGGCUGGAUACAUUUGACUUUGACAGUUUAAUGCAUUGUGUUAAUCUCACUUAUUUGGAUAUCUCACACUGUCACCUAACAUCGCUAACAUUAAACAUGGAUCUGUCACCAAUAUUGAAUAAUACAAAUAUAACGGCGCCCAGUCCUUGGCCCAGACUUAAAACAUUCCUAAUAGCUGGCAAUCCAUGGACGUGCGACUGCAACCUUCUACAAGUAUUGGAGUAUGCUGGCUCCCAUCAUCGUUUGGAGGGUGAUCAGAGUCGUUGUGACAUGCCAUUCAUUUUGGCCGGUGUCAAACUGUCCAAUCUGACAGCAUCUCAAGUCUGUUCGAUGCGAAUACCUGCCAAAUAUCAAAUUGUCGAUGAAAAUGCACCGCCACGUUUUCGUCGUAAGCGUUAUAUAAUUCUGACCGUGAUAACAGCAUCGGUUGUCGUCGUCAUGGGUCUAAUCAUUGGGCUAAUAGUAGUGUGUAUACGAAGACGCUUAAAACGCGACGAUUAUGGUGUGGAACCCAUACGCUAUACCAGUGUCAGGAGUAGCAAUUUAUCGGCAUUUUCACACGGUCAAGCGAAUGGCAAUGGUACUAAUGGUUCGGCAGGUACAAGAACCUCGGGUGUAUGAAAUUCCAAAUGAAGAACUAUGUAUUUUUCUUUGUUUAAUUUUUAUAGAAAAAAAUCCUAAUUAGAAUUUAAGUCUGAUGAUUUUCACAAACCAUGUAAAUUGUAUUUUAAUGAUGUAUGAUUGUAUUAUUGUACGAUUUUAUAUGAAUUGUUGGCCAAAGAUUUUUUUUUGUUAAAUUGUGCGUGUGUGCUUAUUGGUAUAUCCUGUCAAUAGCAUUGAUUUGAAGGCAUACUUACCUAAAUGAAUAGUGCUUAAUUUAUUUGUAUAUUUUUACCCCAUAGGUUAAGUCACAAAAUGCUGUAUUGGAAAUUAAGGUUUCGAAAUGUAACCUCCUUGCCAUAAAGUAGUGCUUAGAGAUUUUAUUUACGAAUAAGUACAUGAUUUUUUUAUACUUCGAUUAUUAUAUAUUAUAUUGCCACUAUAAAUUAUAUUAAUUGUAUAAAAAGUUUAUGAAUAUUUUACUAUUGAAAAACUGCCGUGUAAAAUUUAAUAACAAUUUUUGAAAUAAAAUGUAAAAUUACAUAUUUUUUUAGAAUUUAUUUUCCACUAUAUAUCUAAUAUAUACUA